UGACCCUAUUCCCAGUAUGAAGUAGUUCAUUUUUGUUUACUUUUGUCUUAGCUCAUUUCCAGAUUACAGCAGAAAGUGACGUCCUCAGUUUGGUGAUGAAUCACACGCAUACAAACAUUCUGUCAAUAUAAACCCACCACAAGAAAGCCUGGGUUCUUGUUGCUGCCUCCUGAAGGCCCUCUGUUCUCUCUCCUAAAGAUCAGUGGGCAAGACUGACAUUAUGGAGCAGAGGAAUCAGAGUGGGAGGGUAAGUGAGUUUGUGUUGCUGGGCUUCCCGGCUCCUGCGCCACUGCGGGCACUUUUAUUCGCCCUUUCUCUGCUGGCCUAUGUGUUGGUGCUGACUGAAAACACACUCAUCAUUAUGGCAAUUAGAAACCACCCCACCCUUCACAAACCCAUGUACUUCUUUCUGGCUAAUAUGUCCUUCUUGGAGAUCUGGUAUGUUACUGUCACUAUUCCCAAGAUGUUAGCUGGAUUUGCUGGGUCCAAACAGAGCCAGGGACAGCUAAUCUCCUUUGAGGGCUGCAAGACCCAGCUCUAUUUUUUCCUGGGACUGGGCUGCACUGAAUGUAUCCUUCUUGCUGUUAUGGCCUAUGAUCGCUAUGUGGCCAUCUGCCAUCCUCUCCACUAUGCUGUCAUUGUCAGCGGUCAGCAGUGUGUGCAGCUUGCUGCUGGCUCCUGGGCUGGAGGUUUUGGUAUCUCCAUGGUCAAAGUUUUUCUCAUUUCUCGCCUCUCCUACUGUGGACCCAACAUCAUCAACCACUUUUUCUGUGAUGUCUCCCCAUUACUCAAUCUUUCAUGUACUGACAUGUCAACAGCAGAGCUUACAGAGUUUGUUCUGGCCAUUUUUAUCCUGCUGGGGCCACUCUCUGUCACUGGAGCCUCCUAUAUGGCCAUCACUGGUGCUGUGGUACGAAUUCCCUCGGCUGCUGGGCGCCAUAAAGCCUUUUCCACCUGUGCCUCUCACCUCACUGUUGUGAUCAUCUUCUAUGCAGCCAGUAUCUUCAUCUAUGCCCGGCCAAAGGCACUCUCAGCUUUUGACACCAACAAGCUGGUUUCCGUACUCUAUGCUGUCAUUGUACCUUUGCUCAACCCCAUCAUUUACUGCUUACGCAAUCAAGAGGUCAAGAGAGCCCUACGCCAUACGCUACACCUAUACCAGGGCCAGGAUGCUAAGCGCAGGAAAGCAAGCAGAGAUGGGUAGAAAAUGCUCUUAAACUUGGCCUCUAUAUCUUCUAUGAAGU